CCUGGGGCGCAGCAUCCUGGCGCGGGCUAGGGCGUUCGCCGCCACUGCCGUCGGGGGAAGGUCCUAGCGCGGACAUGGCCUCCCGCGGCGCCCACCCCGGCCCGAAUCCCCGGCGCCCCGCGCAAUAGCCCCGCUAAGAGGCGGCCUCGACGGUACCCACGGUGCCGACGUCCGGGCGGGCAGCAUGGAGGAGGCGCACCUGCUCCCGGCCGCCGACGUGCUGCGCCGCUUCUCGGUGACAGCCGAGGACGGCCUGAGCCCGGCGCAGGUGACCCGCGCGCGGGAGCGUUACGGCCCCAACGAGCUCCCGACCGAAGAAGGGAAGUCCUUGUGGGAGCUGGUGCUGGAGCAGUUUGAGGACCUCCUGGUGCGCAUCCUGCUGCUGGCUGCACUGGUGUCCUUCGUCUUAGCCUGGUUCGAGGAGGGUGAAGAGACCACGACAGCCUUCGUGGAGCCCUUGGUCAUCGUGCUGAUCCUCGCGGCCAAUGCAAUCGUGGGCGUGUGGCAGGAACGCAAUGCCGAGAGUGCCAUCGAGGCCCUGAAGGAGUACGAGCCCGAGAUGGGCAAGGUGAUCCGCUUGGACCGCAGGGGCGUGCAGAGGAUCCGCGCCCGGGACAUCGUCCCUGGAGACAUCGUGGAAGUGGCAGUGGGGGACAAAGUGCCUGCCGACCUCCGCCUCAUCGAGAUCAAGUCCACCACGCUGAGAGUCGACCAGUCUAUCCUGACGGGUGAAUCUGUGUCCGUGUCCAAGCACACAGAUGCCAUCCCAGACCCCAGAGCCGUGAAUCAGGACAAGAAGAACAUGCUGUUCUCCGGCACCAACGUGGCAUCGGGCAAGGCAGUGGGUGUGGCAGUGGCCACGGGCCUGCACACAGAGCUGGGCAAGAUCCGGAGCCAGAUGGUGGCAGUAGAGCCAGAGCGGACGCCGCUGCAGCGAAAGCUGGACGAGUUUGGGCGGCAGCUGUCCCGCACCAUCUCCAUGAUCUGUGUGGCCGUGUGGGUCAUCAACAUUGGCCACUUCGCCGACCCGGCCCACGGCGGCUCCUGGCUCCGCGGCGCUGUCUACUACUUCAAGAUCGCCGUGGCCCUGGCCGUGGCUGCCAUCCCCGAGGGCCUCCCAGCUGUCAUCACUACGUGCCUGGCACUGGGCACGCGGCGCAUGGCGCGCAAGAACGCCAUCGUGCGGAGCCUGCCCUCCGUGGAGACCCUGGGCUGCACCUCAGUCAUCUGCUCUGACAAGACGGGCACGCUCACCACCAACCAGAUGUCCGUCUGCCAGAUGUUCGUGGUGGCCGAGGCCACGGCCGCCGGCCCCUGCCACUUGCACGAGUUCACCAUCUCGGGCACCACGUACGCCCCUGAGGGCGAAGUGCGGCAGGGGGAGCGGCCGGUGCGCUGUGGGCAGUUCGACGGGCUGGUGGAGCUGGCAACCAUCUGUGCCCUGUGCAACGACUCGGCGUUGGACUACAACGAGGCCAAGGGCGUAUAUGAGAAGGUGGGAGAGGCCACAGAGACGGCUCUGACGUGCCUGGUGGAGAAGAUGAACGUAUUUGACACCGACCUGCAGGCCCUGUCCCGGGUGGAGCGAGCUGGCGCCUGCAAUGCAGUCAUCAAGCAGCUCAUGCGGAAGGAGUUCACUCUCGAGUUCUCCCGGGACCGGAAGUCCAUGUCAGUGUACUGCACGCCCACCCGCCCCACCCCAGCAGCCCAGGGCAGCAAGAUGUUUGUGAAGGGGGCUCCAGAGAGUGUGAUCGAGCGCUGCAGCUCAGUCCGCGUGGGGAGCCGCACAGUGCCCCUGAACACCACCUCCAGGGAGCAGAUCCUGGCAAAGAUCCGGGACUGGGGGUCAGGUUCAGACACACUGCGCUGCCUGGCCCUGGCCACCCGGGACACGCCCCCAAGGAAGGAGGACAUGCAGCUGGAUGACUGCAGCAAGUUCGUGCAGUACGAGACGGACCUGACCUUCGUGGGCUGCGUGGGCAUGCUGGACCCGCCACGGCCUGAGGUGGCUGCUUGUAUUGUCCGCUGCCGCCAGGCGGGCAUCCGUGUGGUCAUGAUCACAGGGGACAACAAAGGCACGGCUGUGGCCAUCUGCCGCCGGCUUGGCAUCUUCAGGGAUAUGGAGGACGUGGCGGGCAAGGCCUACACAGGCCGCGAAUUCGAUGACCUCAGCCCCGAGCAGCAGCGCCAUGCCUGCCGGGUGGCCUGCUGCUUCGCCCGCGUGGAGCCUGCACACAAGUCCCGCAUCGUGGAGAACCUGCAGUCCUUUAAUGAGGUCACCGCCAUGACGGGUGACGGGGUGAAUGAUGCACCAGCUCUGAAGAAAGCAGAGAUCGGCAUUGCCAUGGGCUCUGGCACAGCUGUGGCCAAGUCGGCAGCAGAGAUGGUGCUGUCGGAUGACAACUUUGCCUCCAUCGUGGCUGCAGUGGAGGAGGGCCGGGCCAUCUACAGCAACAUGAAGCAAUUCAUCCGCUACCUCAUCUCCUCCAACGUUGGAGAGGUCGUCUGCAUCUUCCUCACGGCAAUUCUGGGCCUGCCCGAAGCCCUGAUCCCCGUGCAGCUGCUCUGGGUAAACCUGGUGACAGAUGGCCUACCUGCCACAGCCCUGGGCUUCAACCCACCAGACCUGGACAUCAUGGAGAAGCAGCCCCGGAACCCCCGCGAGGCCCUCAUCAGUGGAUGGCUCUUCUUCCGCUAUCUGGCCAUUGGAGUGUACGUAGGCCUGGCCACAGUGGCUGCUGCCACCUGGUGGUUCCUGUAUGAUGCGGAAGGACCUCGCGUCACCUUCUACCAGCUGAGGAACUUCCUGAAGUGCUCCCCGGAAAACCCGCUCUUUGCCGGCAUUGACUGUGAGGUCUUCGAGUCCCGUUUCCCCACGACCAUGGCCUUGUCAGUGCUGGUGACCAUUGAGAUGUGCAACGCCCUCAACAGCGUCUCCGAGAACCAGUCGCUGCUGCGGAUGCCGCCCUGGCUGAACCCCUGGCUGCUGGCGGCCGUGGCCAUGUCCAUGGCCCUGCACUUCCUCAUCCUGCUUGUGCCACCCUUGCCUCUCAUUUUCCAGGUGACCCCACUGAGCGGGCGCCAGUGGGUGGUGGUGCUCCAGAUAUCUCUGCCCGUCAUCCUGCUUGACGAGGCCCUCAAGUACCUGUCCCGAAAGCACACAGAUGUCAGGCCUGCAGCUCCCUCACUCUGGGCCCGUGGCCUCCGACUCCUCCCAGCCUGCUCUCAGGACAGUCUGCCAGGCGUGGAGUGGGCAGCCACCAGCCGCUCCCAAACCCCGGACCCCCCCAGACCCUGUGUUCCGCGUUGCUUGCUGGACAGCGGAUGGAGAGGGCCCCAAGCAGGAUGGGGACAGAAGAAAAGGACCGGAAGUGAGUGCCUGGAGCAGAGUAGAAUCUCCAAUGUGUACCUCAGACUGACGGUGCCCACGCAUCUGUCACCCACUCCCUGCCCACCACGCUCGCCCGCUUGCUCACUGGGCCCUGCUGGACACCCCACAGGCCCAAGGCCAGUUGGGCCACCCCCCAGCCUGCUCCCGGGUCUCUGUCCCCACCUCCCUCUGAUCUGGGGCCUCCACCAUGCACAUCCCUUGGACUCUCCAGGGCAGUUUGUUCUGCCUCCUUUGCCGCUUACCCUCCACCAUGAAUCUCUGGCCCAGGAGCUGCAGCCUGGGAGGGGCUGCCAAGAAGCCAUAGCCGGCAGCAAAUGUAGAGCCCCUCUGCCCUUCUUACACGGGCAGAUUCUGGAGCCAACUACCCACUUGCUGGGAGGUGGGGGCCUUUACUCUGGGACUGGCACCUUGGCAUGGAUGGAGGACUCCUGGGGGCCAGUCGGGCCAUCUCUGGCCUCUCACUCAGUGCCUGGUUGGGGGCCUGGCCUACCAGGGUGGGGAGGGCCGUUGAACAGGGAACAUCUGGGCACAGCUGUGCACAGCGAGGGCGGGCAGCCCCUCCACUCAGCUCUGCUUCCACAGAGUCGGCUCUUGAGGGCUUGAGCCUGUGUCUGUUUAUAUGUGCAGGCCCUGCGGCCCGAGGGGUCAGGGAGAAGUUCACCAGCAGCAGGGGGAGAAGGGGCUUGUGCUAGGACCUCCUAUUCCCAGGAGGACUGCCCAGCUCAGCUACCUUCCCAGACGCCUAUCCUAAGCAAAUGUGACAUAUCACAGCCUGGUGUCACACGGGAGCCGGCUGCCCACUGUCCGCAGGGCUGGGGAAUGCUGACUCUCAGGCACAUUUAGGGCCAUGCCCGCCCAGUGCAGUUCUCUCCGGGGGGUGGGGGGCAGCCCUGGGCCUUGACCCUGUUCUCCCUUGGACUCUCAGCCCCACACUUUGCCCCCCACACCCAUGACCCAGAAGGAUGUCACUGAGGGUCUCGAAUUACCCAAGCCACUGCCUCCACUUUCCUCCCUCCUUGCUGGAGCAACACAUUUCUGUGUGGAUUAUGUCAGAUGAUAGGAAAGCAGGCUUUGAUGGACAGAAUUUUUCUCUUAGCUCAGCUUUUGCCUCUUUGGCAGAAUCCAGCUAAGCAGAGAAGAAAACGAUGAACGUGAGUGUCUGUGUCCACACCCACCCCCCAGGGAGUGGAGAAAGUGAUGGGUUUAUAAGUAAAUUGAGACUCACAUCCCCACCCUGGUCCCCAGAAUCAAAAGCCUUGUCAGCCUGCCUUGCAGACUGAUGGGCUGGAAGCUCUGUAGCCCCUUCCCCCUCCCUUCCUCCCUCUCCUCCCUCAGGCAGGUGCCAAAGGGGCAGAGUUGGUGGUGGAAGCCCCUCUUCUGCUGCCCAGCAGAGAUUCUCUGCCCCUUUCCUGCUGGGAGGAAGGGGUCUUGGUGGGGGCAGGGCCCCGUCCCACCUGCUGACUUGCUGUUUGGUAGAGAAAUAAAGGUUGUGUGCCUGGGGCAA